AUGCACAUGGGAGCAUUGGGCUGUGGCCAAGCCCCAUGCUACAUCCAAAGCUCCGCAAACCGCCUUGUGAGGCAAACCAAACCCAGGACUGAGCCAAGAGCCGCCGGAGCUUCUCAAAAAAUCAGGCAAACGUCCUCGGUGCGUGCCCUCUUUCUCAACAAAAUUUAUCUUAGCGGUGCUCUGACCAUGCUGGCCGCCCACCAUGCCUGUGUUCCAGGUUAUCGGAAUGCGGGCCACAAAAACACUGAACAGAUGUCAAGAAAUAAUGUACCAUUCCUUCCCCAGAGCUGGGGUCCGCUGAGGCGCAGCGCUACGACGUUAGAAUGCGACGGUGGCAAGGCACGUUGCACAACCCAACAUUUGCUUUGCCAAGGCAAGGAAUCAGAGGAUGAUGACCGAUCAGUGAAAUCUAGCGACCCCGCAAACUUGUCAUGCAGAAUUUUCCGGGGAUUCCACAACGCCGUGUCCGUCAAGCAGGCCUCCCUUUCUUUUCUCUCUCAUGGCACGUCGCAGGGGUCAAGACGCGCUGAAAGUGUAUAG